AUGAAUCAUAACAUUCAUGGAUUUAUUCGACAUGAGUAUGGACAUUCACGUCUAAAACUUGUCAGGGAAUAUGAGAAGACGGCCAAAAAGAUCGCGAACUACCGCAACCACCUCCGAUUCAAUCUUCGUUGCCUACAUAACGACAUCACUCCAAAUAGCGUGAGACUCAAGAGCAACGUCAAGGGACAUAAAGCAGCGAAUAUACUAAAAAACACGCAAAGGAAAUUGCUCAACGAGCGGAUAAGGCAAACUAACUUCACAAUCGAGAAACUCUCCCGAACUUUCCAGGAACAAGCUACAUUGAUUUCUCAAACGUUCCCGGAAAAACUGGCUGAAGAAAUCAAUGAACACACGACGCGUGCGCAGUUAGUGGAACACCACAAAACCAAGGAACGCCAUCUUGGGAAGUUUUCUGCAUUACGCGACCGGCAAAAUCAAACACGUGCAGAUUUGGACAAUAAUUGGAGAAAUACUAGGAAUAAUCAGGAAUCUUCUGGUUGGGUGAGGAAUUUAUCCUCGAGAGAACUUACGGACAAGGAAGUGUCGGUGUUAUCGAAGGGACUGAAUUUUGCUGUCACACCACAACGGUUACCGAUAACUGAGAUUAUCACCGCCACUGAGUCGGCUAUUCACAAAGCCAGGUUAGAUACUGCUCAGGCGGAGGAACUCCGACACACCGUAAGCGCCGCUGUCAAGCACGCCAAGCUCCCCGCGGCGAACAUCACAGCGGAGGAGAAUUCAGCGAUAGAGGAAUUGAAUAAAAAUACUGACAUCGCCAUUGUUCCAGCGGACAAAGGAAGAUGUGUAGUAGUGCUCGACAAAAGUGAUUACGAGGAUAAAUGCCUGACAUUGUUGAAGGACAAAAACACCUAUCGCCAGAUUAAUUACAAUCCAACGAACGGCUAUAGGAAGAAGACUUGUGCCCUCAUCAAUUCUUUUCAUGCUAACGGUGACAUUAGUGAAGAACUGAAAAGACACCUCACCCCGGCCACGGAACCGACGGUACCAGCGUUUUAUGGUCUCCCGAAGAUCCAUAAACCAGCUCCGAUUCCAGUAAGACCUAUUGUGAGUAGUAUUGACUCUGUAACCUACAAUUUGGCUAAAUUUGUUGCACGAAUUCUGAGUCCGUUGGUGGGUAACACUAUACACCACAUCCAGAACACAGAUAACUUUGUCGAAGAACUUAAAACGGUCAAAUUAGAUGAGAAUGAAACAAUUGUAUCAUUUGACGUGAGUGCCUUGUUUACUUCCAUCCCGGUUGUCGACGCAAUCACGGUAGUCCGUCAAUGUUUGAUUGACAAUGACAGCUGGAAAGACCGAACUAAGUUGAACAUUGAUCAGAUUGUGGAGGCGGUUUCUACUUGUUUACAUACUACUUAUUUCUCGUUUAAAGGAGUACAUUAUAUACAGAAACAUGGAUGUGCCAUGGGUUCUCCUGUCUCGCCCAUAGUUGCUAACCUGUACAUGCAAGACUUCGAACAGAAGGCAAUCUCGAGCUACCCAGGCAGAAAACCUAGAACUUGGUUGAGAUACGUGGAUGACACCUUCGUUAUCAUCCACAAGUCAGAGUUGCACGACUUCUUCAAACACAUCAACAACCAAGACGUGAAUAUCAAGUUCACACAGGAAGCCUGUAAGGACAACAAACUUGCGUUCCUUGACUGCGAAGUACAAAUAGUGGAAGGAGGCAGUUUGGAUUUCCGAGUAUAUAGGAAACCGACUCAUACCAACCAGUACUUACACUUCAACUCUCACCACCCCCUGGUGCAUAAACUCUCGGUGAUAAGGACGCUGUUCCAUCGAGCGGACAGUGUUGUGAGUAAACCGGAGGACAACUCGGCUGAAAAGAAAAUCAUUACGAACUCUCUUGGAAAGUGCGGAUAUCCCAGCUGGGCGUUCCAGAAAGCCACACGUCCGAAGCAACCUCGACCUGUAAGACCUUCGGAAGAACAGUCGAAUACUCCGGAUAACCAGUCUGACGCUACGACAGCCCAACCUCGCCGGAAUAGGAACCUUGUUACUAUUCCCUACGUUGCGGGUCUAUCAGAAAGGAUCAGUCGCACGUUUGGUAGGUUCGGAAUCUCCACCUCACAUAAGCCGCAUAGAACACUGAGACAGCUGCUUGUGCACGUGAAAGACCAACCGGUCAAGGAUAAGAAGCGAAACGUGGUGUAUGGUAUUAGAUGUGAACAAAGGGAAUGUCAGGAUUCCUACAUCGGUGAAACUCAACAAUCACUGAGAGCACGGAUGUACCAACACCGUAAAUCUACUGGUCUCGCAGCCAUUCCUGAAUCGGCGGUUUUCACCCACUUGAACGCGACGGGACACACUUUCAACAACAAGGACGUGGUGAUCCUGGACAAAGAAAGCAGGUGGUUCGAGAGAGGAGUAAAAGAAGCUAUUUGGGAAAGAGUGGAGAAGCCAACAUUGAAUCGGAGAGGUGGUUUGCGGUUCCAGCUGUCACACGCCUGGGACCGAAUCCUACGGGAAGUUCAAAGCCGUCUCUCACGGGAUUAA